AUGGCGCCUUCAACUUUGAAAACCUCGCUCGUGUCACUGACUGUCCAUCUGCUGGGCGUUUCAGCUGGAACCUGUGAUUUCGACAGCUUCAAUGCCACCGUCGGCGGCCGUGUUCUGCCCCUGACACCCUUCUCCCUUCCCUGCUUCUCGAACUACAAUGGCACCGAGGUGGCGGCUAACGAUGAGGCCUGUGCGAUUAUCCAGAGAAACUACAGCGAUCCGUACCUGCGCGCUAACUCUGCCAAUGGAUACAUGAACAACCAAGUGGAGAUGUGUGCCUCGAACCCUAGUGACCAGUGCUUGCUCGAUAGCUCUGAUCCGACUGAUCCGUUGGCAUUUACCGACAUGGUCUGCCAGCAAGGUAACUUACCCUCGUAUUACCUCGAGGUGCAGCAGGCUAGCGACGCCGUCGAGGCCUUCAAGUUCGCCCGCUGCUCAGGAACUCGUCUGUCGAUUAAGAACAGUGGUCAUGAUUACCUGGGCCGUAGCAGUGGGAAAGGAACUUUAGCGCUCUGGACACGCAAUCUGCAGUCAAAAACAUACCAUGCCGACUUCAAGCCUGAGGGCUGUGGUGCUUGCUCCGCGCCAGGAACCGGUGUGCAGGCUAUCAGUAUCGGGGCCGGUGUCAACUUCAACGAGGUGUAUGCAUUUGCCAACACACAUAACGUCACAUUCCUGGGUGGCUAUGCGCCUACGGUGGGCGCCAGCGGUGGUUUCUUGCAAACCGCUGGUCAUAGUAUUUUGUCUCCCGUCUACGGUUUGGCCAUUGAUCGAGUGAUCCAAUUUAAGGUUGUGACACCAGAUGGCCAGUACCGCAUCGCCAACGAAUGCCAGAACCAGGAUCUUUUCUGGGCUCUCCGUGGCGGCGGUGGUGGUACCUUUGGUGUUGUAAUCGAGAGCACCCACCGAGUUGAACCUCAGUUGAGCUUCGUUGCUGCCAUCAUCAAAUUUACCUCGAACUCGAGCAAUCUGUUGCCUUUUAUGGAUAUCGUUGUCAACAACACCCUGAAGUGGGCUUCGGAAGGCUGGGGAGGUCACAUCAGUGGUAGCAGCCUCAUCAAUGUGACCCCCUUACUCUCUGUCGCUCAAGCGCAGGAGUCCCUUGCUGAUGUGAUCGCCUAUGCGAAAGCACAGGGUGGCUCGGCCACAGUUGAACAGUUCUCGUCCUGGUACGCCUUCUACGAAAAGUAUGUCACUUCCAACGCGGUUAGCGUCGGUGUGACCCAUUUUGCCGGUAGUCGUCUGGUGCCCAAGGCUGUCUUCGAAACUGCCGAGGGCCGCAAGAACCUUAUGGAUUUCUUCUCCCUCAUCCAGUCUAACGGACAAAGUCCCUACAUCCCCAUCGUCGGCCCGGUGCUGUACAACUACACGGCGAACUCCACGUCUGCGACUCCCGCCUGGCGCACUGCUGUUUGGGAGCUGGGCUCCGGCACUGCCUGGGCCUGGAACAGCACCCUGGAGACGCGCAAGCAGAAAAUUGCCGGUCUGCAGAAUAUGACCGCCACCCUCGAGGAGAUUACCCCGGGCAGCGGUGCCUACAGCUGCGAGGCCAACCCAUUCACCGAAGAUUGGCAGGAAGCCUGGUGGGGCGAGAACUACGAGCCUUUGUUAAACAUCAAGAACAAAUACGAUCCUAACCAGUUGUUGAACUGCUGGAAGUGUAUCGGAUGGGAGGAAUCCGAUGCAAAGAGCUCCUGCUUCUCGGCCUUUAGCUAA